AUGGCGCGCCGCAACCCCUUUUUGUUUGCGAUAGUGGUGACUAUCCUGUUCGUGGUGUGCUACGGCUCCGCUCUCGUCGCCCAGACACCUCUCGGUGUCGACAACUUCAUUGCCUCAGCACAUUACGGACGCUUUAAGGAGCGCCACGGCAAGUCCUUCGGCGAGGACGCCGAUGAGGGUCACCGCUUCAAUGCCUUCAAGCAGAACAUGCAGACCGCCUACUUCCUCAACACGCACAACCCGCACGCGCACUACGACGUGUCCGGCAAGUUUGCAGACCUCACCCCCCAGGAGUUCGCCAAGCUGUACCUGAACCCCGACUACUACGCGCACCGCGGUAAGGAUUACAAGGAGCACGUGCACGUCGACGACAGCGUCCUCAGUGGUGCGAUGUCGGUGGACUGGCGUGAGAAGGGUGCCGUGACGCCGGUGAAGAACCAGGGAAUGUGCGGCUCGUGCUGGGCUUUCUCCGCCAUUGGCAACAUUGAAAGUCAGUGGGCUUUGAAAAACCACUCGCUGGUUUCGCUGUCGGAGCAGAUGCUCGUGUCAUGCGACGACAUCGAUGAUGGGUGCAACGGUGGGCUGAUGGACCAGGCGAUGGAAUGGAUCAUCCAACAUCACAACGGCACUGUGCCCACGGAGAAAAGCUACCCCUACGCCUCUGCCGGCGGCACGAGCCCGCCGUGCCAUGACAAAGGCGAGUUUGGCGCCAGAAUCAGUGGUUACAUGUCCCUGCCGCAUGACGAGAAGGCGAUCGCGGCUUAUGUGGAGAAGAAAGGCCCCGUCGCUGUCGCCGUCGACGCGACAACCUGGCAGCUGUACUUUGGCGGUGUGGUCACGCUCUGCUUCGGGUUGUCGCUCAACCACGGUGUGCUCGUUGUCGGCUUCAACAAAAGAGCGAAACCGCCGUACUGGAUCGUGAAGAACUCGUGGGGCACCUCGUGGGGUGAGAAGGGGUACAUCCGCCUUGCCAUGGGCAGCAACCAGUGCUUGCUGAAGAAUUACCCUGUGACGGCCACGGUUGACGACUCCAACACCUCCCACGUGCCGACGACAACGGCCUAG